CUACUGCUACUCCUCCUCUUCUUGUUGGGCGAGAUGGGUAACAACUUGCAAUGUGGGAAUGGGGGAAAGAACAAGAAGAAGAUCAAAGGAUCUGUUGUGUUGAUGAAGAAGAAUGUCUUGGAUUUUAACGACUUGCACUCCUCAGUACUCGACCGAGUUCAUGAGUUCUUGGGAAAAGGAGUUUCAUUGCAACUCAUCAGUGCUGUUCAUGGCGACCCAGAUAAGGAGAUGCGGGGAAAGGUUGGAGCACCAGCAUUCUUAGAGCAAUGGAUCACAAAAAUUACCCCAUUAACUGCUAGAGUAUCUACUUACAAGGUCACAUUCCACUGGGAUAUUGAAACCAUGGGAAUACCUGGAGCUUUCAUCAUCAAGAACAUGCACCACAGUGAGUUCUACCUCAAGACUGUCACACUUGAAGACGUUCCGGGGAAGGGUCGUGUCCACUUUGUCUGCAAUUCUUGGGUUUACCCAACUAAGCGUUACAAAUAUGAUCGUGUUUUCUUCGCUAACCAGACCUUCCUACCAAGAGAUACACCAGAGCCUCUAUGUAAGUACAGGGAAGACGAGCUUGUGAAUCUAAGAGGAGAUGGGACAGAAGAGCUCAAGGAAUGGGAUCGAGUCUAUGACUAUGCUUUCUAUAACGAUCUGGGGGAUCCUGACAAGGGACACAAAUAUGCACGCCCUAUUCUUGGAGGUUCAACUGAAUACCCUUACCCACGCAGGGGAAGAACAGGUCGAAAACCUACAAAGACAGAUCCUAACUCUGAGACCAGAAUACCACUGUUACUGAGUCUGAACAUUUACAUUCCAAGAGAUGAACGGUUUGGUCACUUGAAGUUGUCAGAUUUCCUUGCAUAUGCUUUGAAAGCCUUAGUUCAGUUUCUCCUCCCAGAGCUAAAAGCUUUCUGUGAUAGCACUCCUAAUGAGUUUGACACCUUUCAAGAUGUAUUAGACCUCUAUGAGGGAGGGAUCCAACUCCCUAAUGGCCCAACACUAGACAAAGUUAAGGACGCAAUCCCCUUGGAGCUUCUAAAGGAACUCUUUCGCUCAGAUGGUGAAAGACUCCUCAAAUUCCCUACUCCGCAAGUGAUCAAAGAGGAUAAGUUUGCUUGGAGAACAGAUGAAGAGUUCGCACGAGAAAUGCUUGCUGGAGUGAACCCUGUUUGCAUAUGCCGUCUUGAAGAGUUUCCCCCUACCAGCAAACUGGAUCCCAAUGUAUAUGGCAACCAGAAUAGUUCAAUAACUAAAGAUCAUAUUGAGGAGAAGUUAAAUGGUCUAACAAUAGACGAGGCCAUUAAGAAGAACAAGCUCUUCAUACUGAACCAUCAUGAUACAUUGAUGCCAUACCUGAGACGUAUAAACACCACUUCCACGAAGACUUAUGCAACCAGAACACUCCUAUUCUUGAAAGACGAUGGAACAUUGAAGCCACUGGCAAUUGAGCUGAGUCUACCACAUCCAGAUGGUGACCAACAUGGUGUAAUUAGUGAGGUCUUCACUCCUGCUGAACAAGGUGUUGAAGCCUCAGUAUGGCAGCUAGCUAAAGCUUAUGCAGCGGUGAAUGACUCCGGUGUUCACCAGCUCAUCAGUCACUGGUUACAUACCCAUGCAGUGAUGGAGCCAUUUGUCAUUGCGAUAAAUAGACAAUUGAGUGUGCUUCAUCCGAUCCAUAAGCUUUUGCAGCCUCACUUUCGGGAUACCAUGAACAUAAAUGCCUUGGCUCGGCAAAUCCUCAUCAAUGCUGGUGGAGUGGUGGAGCAUACAGUUUUCCCAGCAAAAUUUGCAAUGGAAAUGUCUGCUGUGGUUUACAAGAGCUGGGUUCUCACCGAGCAGGCACUGCCUGCAGAUCUCAUGAAAAGGGGGAUGGCAGUUCCAGACUCAAACAGUCCUCAUGGCCUCCGCCUGUUGAUCAAGGACUACCCUUAUGCUGUUGAUGGCCUUGAAAUCUGGUCAGCCAUUGAAGCGUGGGUCCAUGAAUACUGCUCUUUCUACUACCCCAAGGAUGAGAUGAUCCGAAGCGACUUUGAACUCCAAUCCUGGUGGGCCGAGCUCCGUGAUGUAGGCCAUGGUGACAAAAAGGAUGAGCCGUGGUGGCCCAAGAUGCAGACGGUUGCUGAGCUAACGCAGACAUGCACCAUCAUCAUAUGGAUAGCUUCAGCUCUCCAUGCAGCUGUUAAUUUUGGCCAAUACCCAUAUGCAGGUUACCUCCCGAACCGCCCAACCAUAAGCCGUCGCUUCAUGCCUGAACCAGGUUCUCCAGAGUAUGCUGAGCUUGAACAGAACCCUGACACAGUAUUCUUGAAAACAAUUACAAGCCAGCUCCAAACCCUCCUAGGUAUAUCCCUUAUUGAGAUUUUGUCCAGGCAUUCUUCUGAUGAGGUCUAUCUUGGGCAGAGAGACACUCCUGAGUGGACAUCAGAUGCAGCACCACUGCAAGCUUUUGAGAGAUUUGGGAAGAAGCUUGUACAGAUUGAAAAUAGGAUCAUAGAGAUGAAUAAUGACAUAAAGUGGAGCAAUAGAGUAGGGCCUGUCAAGAUGCCAUAUACCUUGCUCUAUCCAGACACUUCCAAUUAUACUAGUAUUGGCGGGCUAACUGGGAGAGGAAUACCCAAUAGUGUUUCAAUCUAAAGCUGUAUGAGGUGUUAUAGUUCCAAAGUAGUUGGUCUUUCAGCAACUAGGAUUUCUUAGUUGAGUGGUAGAGUGGAUCUGUGUAUGUCACAUGGUAAAAAGUAUUACAGGUAUAUAUUUUAUACACAAGCUGUAAAUCUAUGUGAGUCUUCUAAA